CUGCUUCGACCCUACUAACUCUUACACUGCGACUCCCGAUCACCCUCGCUACUUCUCGGCUUCCCCUCCCACCUCCAGCCCCUCCACUCCCCGAGUGAACGGCCCCUCCAGUGGCAGCAUGGCAAUUUCCGACAACUCCGAGCCCAAAAUCGCCACGGGCCCCGGUGGCUACGUCCUCGAAGAUGUUCCUCACUUAGUUGAUUACAUCCCCGAUCUCCCCACAUAUCCCAAUCCAUUACAAGACAAUCCGUCCUAUUCGGUUGUUAAGCAGUAUUUCGUUAAUGCAGAUGAUACCGUUGCUCAAAAGAUUGUUGUUCAUAAGGAUAGUCCAAGGGGGACACACUUUCGACGCUCUGGACCACGUCAGAAGGUGUAUUUCGAGUCAAAUGAUGUGCAUGCGUGCAUUGUGACAUGUGGUGGUCUAUGUCCAGGACUGAAUACAGUUAUUAGGGAAAUAGUAUGUGGUCUGUACCACAUGUAUGGUGUCAAAAGAAUUCUUGGAAUAGAGGGUGGAUAUAGAGGGUUUUAUGCCAGAAAUACAAUCCCCUUAACACCGAAGGUUGUGAAUGACAUCCAUAAACGAGGUGGCACCAUCCUUGGAACCUCGCGAGGUGGGCAUGUUACCUCAAAGAUUGUGGACAGCAUCCAGGACAGAGGAAUUAAUCAGGUUUAUGUAAUUGGAGGAGAUGGAACUCAGAAAGGAGCUUCGGUGAUUUUUGAGGAAAUUAGGAGGCGUGGCCUCAAAGUAGUGGUGGCAGGAAUUCCCAAAACCAUCGAUAAUGACAUUCCGGUUAUAGACAGGUCUUUUGGUUUCGACACUGCUGUUGAGGAGGCUCAACGAGCCAUUAAUGCAGCCCAUGUUGAAGCAGAAAGCGUUGAGAAUGGUAUUGGCUUUGUCAAGUUAAUGGGCCGCUACAGUGGAUUCAUAGCAAUGUAUGCUACUCUUGCUAGCCGAGAUGUUGACUGUUGUCUGAUUCCAGAAUCGCCUUUUUAUCUGGAAGGACCAGGUGGACUUUAUGAAUACAUUGAAAGAAGACUGAAGGAGGAUGGUCACCUGGUUAUAGUAAUGGCUGAAGGUGCAGGACAAGAACUUCUUGCUGAAAGCAUGAACCAGCAGGAUGCUUCUGGAAAUAAGCUUCUCCAAGAUGUUGGUCUCUGGUUAUCGCAAAAUAUUAGGGACCACUUCUUGAAACAGAGAAAUAUCACUAUAAAUCUCAAAUAUAUAGAUCCUACUUACAUGAUCCGUGCAAUUCCAAGCAAUGCAUCUGAUAAUGUAUAUUGCACCCUCCUUGCUCACAGUGCCAUUCAUGGUGCGAUGGCUGGAUACACGGGCUUCACUGUCGGCCCUGUUAACGGGAGGCACGCUUACAUUCCGUUCCGUUGGGUGACCGAGAAGCAGAACAAGGUUGUGAUCACUGACAGAAUGUGGGCACGGUUACUGUCGUCAACCAAUCAGCCAAGCUUCUUGGACCUCAAGAAGGUUGAAGCAAUUAAGAAAGAGGAAAAGGAAGAGGAAACAAAAGCCCAACUGAUAGUUGGGGAAAACCAUACUGAAGCAACUGCAGCGUCUAUACCAAAGGAAUAGGAAAGGGUUCAACUAGAAGCAUGCUUCCGAAAUCAAAGAUUGUUGUGUUCAUGGCGCUCUUAUUCAUUGUCGCUCCAUCUGUCUUCAUGUGUGAUGUAAUUCUUUAGAAGAGCACCCUAAAUCUGUCGCUGUUUUGUGUUUUCGUAUCGUUAUCUUUAAAAGGAGUCAUUGUAUACUUAUGAAACAAAUGAGAAGUUAUGAGUUGUGGGCAGAUAUGAUUCCUCUCCACUCUUUCUCCCAA